AUGGCGGAGCAUAAAGUCCUAGGACUGGUCUCAGGCGGGAAAGAUAGCUGCUUCAACCUCUUACAUUGCGUAGCCAACGGGCAUGAGGUGAUUGCUCUCGGAACAUUGACGCCGGAGAGUGGUACUGAUGAGCUCGACUCGCACCUAUAUCAGUCGGUCGGAACGACGGUACCCCCGCUCAUAGCCCGAGUCAUGGGCAUACCGCACUACUCCCACGUGAUCUGUGGAAGAGCCGUAGAGCAAGGACCGGAAUACGGUGAUCGGUUCAAAGGCGGCCAGGGGAGCGGUGUCGAGGGAGACGAAACCGAAGAUCUCUUGCAGCUUCUUCAGGACGUCAUGAGAGAUCAUCAGAUCACAGCUGUAUCCACCGGAGCUAUCUUGUCGACCUAUCAGCGCCUCCGGAUCGAGCAUGUCUGCGCCAGACUGGGGCUCGUAUCCCUGGCGUAUCUGUGGCAGGCGGAGCAGUUGCCCCUGCUGGAGCAGAUGCAGGCGUGCGGGAUGGACGUCGUGCUCGUCAAGAUUGCUGGAGUGGGCUUGAAGCGCGAGAUGGUGGGGAAGAGCCUAUGGGCGCAGCUGCCCGCGCUGAAGAGAUUGGACAGGAUAUAUGGCUCGCACCCCGCUGGCGAAGGCGGGGAGUAUGAGACCAUCACCCUCGACUCGCCACUCUUCUCGCAUCGUGUCGAGCUGGUCGAUACGGAAGUCGUCAUUUCGGAUCCUGAGCCAAAUCUGGUCGCUUACCUUCGGAUACCCGGUGCGAAGCUGGUCCCGAAGCCGGGGUGGGCAAGACCCAGCCGACAGGAGCUGAGAGAGAUACUGGGUCUGAAUAUGAUUGAGGACGAGGGAAGCGUGCUGGACGAGGCGGGCAGAGAGGUGUUGGAGGGUAUCGGGCGAGUGGAGAAGCGGCGUUGGGCUGCGGCCGCCUCGGUACCACAUUCAGACGAGGCCACGUCCGGAGACGUCCAGACUCGGUACACGGACGACGCUAAGCUCUAUCGGCGCGGAAGAUGGUUUAGCAUCUCGAUUUCCCAACCUCAAUCCCCAUCCCCAGAUUCAGACAUCGGGAGCCAGAUGCGACAAGCUUUCGAGCGGAUCCAAGCCGAGCUAGACAAAACAUCUCUCUCCCUCCCUAUUCACGCCGCACACAUCACCCUCCUCCUCCCCUCCAUGGCCCUCUUCCCAGCUGCCAAUGCCGCAUACACUCGUUUCUUCGGUACCUCCCCGCCCAGUCGAGCGACAGUUGCCGUGCCUCUCCCACAAGGUGUCGGCGUCCGGGUGGAAGUUGUAGGCUACGACGACGCCGCUGCUGGACCCUCAUCGGAAGUCUUGGAGACGGCGGCCGUGCACAGUGGAGAGGGGGGUCUCACCAGAGCUCCGGCGAGCAAGAUUGGCGGUCGCACGGCACUGCACGUACAGAGUCUGAGCUACUGGGCGCCAGCAAAUAUCGGACCAUACUCUCAAGCCAUCACUGUCAACUCCCGCGUCCAGAUAGCCGGCCAAAUAUCGCUCAUCCCCUCUACUCUCACUCUGCCUCCUCCCCCAGCAAGUAGCUCUUCACCAUACCCCUUGCAAUGUGCUCUGGCGCUACAGCAUGUCCGCCGAGUCGUCGAGGUGCUAAAGAGCCCAAACUCGACCGGGGGAGGGUGGACGGGUUGGGUAGAGAGUGUUGUGGCUUGGUGGGCUGUGCCAUCUGGCAUAGAUUGUAUGGAGGGGGAGGAGGGUGGAGAGGGUGAGGAAGUCGUCAGGCGUGCAUGGCAGCUUUGGGCUGAGCAGAAUGGAUGUGAAGAGACCCCUUUCCUCCUUGUACGGGCUAAAGAGCUGCCCAGGGGCGCUCUGGUUGAGUUUCAGGUCAACCUGCAUACUGGCUGGCGCAGCGAGGAGGGGCAGACGAGUGUAGAUGGCGAGUCCGAUCCUGUUGUUGAUGGUGGCGGUGAGGAUGAUGAUGGGGAGGCUAGCUGGGAAGAUGAAGAUGAUGAGGACGAUGAUGAGUUGGAGGCGGUGUAUGAGAGUGGGAUGUACGGCAAGAAGGGCAGAUGGGAGAGUUGUCGGACGAGCGGGAAGAAGGAGCGAGGUACUCGAUUGAUGGUGUUGCUGGAUCGUCUACCUGAGGGCCAGAUACCCAGUAUCGACCCGAGUCUAGCGGCGGCGUUGAAACGAGCGGUAUCUGUCCGGUUGUACCACUUGCCAACCGUGUCCGAGGAUCGGGCCCGUGCAGCUUUCCAGAGUAUCAUGAGUCAGGUGUCUUCAUCAAGCGGAGGGGAGGCUGGGAUCACGUUGAUACCCGUGCUCGACAUCAGAGAUCGGCGGGGUCAGGAGGCGGAGGUCGCGCUGGAGGUUUUCGGGGCUUGA